AUGGCGAAGAGCAGCCGCCGGAGGACCAUCCUUCCCCUGAAGCGCUUCUGGCCGGGAGGGCCGCCGCUCCUGGAAGAUCGCCGGGCUCGAGGAGGAGGCGGUGGCGACGUGCGGCAGACGGGUUACGUCGAUCACAACGAAACGAAGGGCGGUGCCUCUCCUCACUUGGGAUGUGCUGAGCCUCAUAAGGGCCUUCUGCUGGCUGCCCUGUCCAAGCCUCCGUACAUCCGGCAGAAGCAGAAGGCUUGUGCAGUGGCAGCUGUGAGGAGGACUGGGCCUUCUGUCCAGUGUGGGAGGACUGGGUGGACAGGCCUUGCACUCCUGCCCUCGUGUGCCUCUUUCCUAGGUCAGGGAAAUUACCGUCCGGAAGUGGCUACAAAAUAUGGACGCCUCCGUGGGAAGCUGGCCAGUGUGGAGGGCACAAGCCAGCCUGUGAACGUCUUUCUGGGGAUCCCUUUUGCCAGACCUCCCGUCGGAGCCCUCAGGUUCUCACCGCCACAACCGCCGGAACCCUGGAGCCACGUGAGAGAGGCCACCUCGAACCCUCCCAUGUGCCUGCAAGAUUUAGGAUGGACAGAUACUUUUAGGAAGAUGAUGAAGGGAGAUUUUUUCAACCUUCCGGUCUCUGAAGAUUGCCUCUACCUGAAUGUUUUCACCCCAGAUCUGAAGGCCAAAUUACCCGUCAUGGUCUGGAUCCAUGGAGGCGCUCUGGUACUGGGGGCAGCUUCCAUGUUGGAUGGAUCAGCUUUGUCUGCUUAUGAGCACGUGGUGGUGGUCAUGAUCCAGUACAGGCUGGGUCUCCCUGGAUUCUUCAGCACUGGUUCCAAAGAUGCCCGUGGAAACUGGGGGCUACUGGAUCAAACAGCAGCACUUCAGUGGGUUCAGGAAAACAUUGAGCUUUUUGGAGGCGAACCCCAUUCAGUGACUAUCUUUGGAGAAUCUGCAGGAGGAUUCUGUGCCAGCGCUCACAUGUUAUCCCCAUUGUCCAGAGGCCUGUUCCACAGAGCCAUCUCAGAGAGCGGAGUGGUCCUUCUGCUCUCACUCUUCACCAAGAACCCAGAGGCCAUCGUUCAAAGAGUGUCAAAUAUCUCCGGCUGUGAGGUCAGUGGCGCUGCUGCCUUGGUGUCUUGCUUAAGAAGCAAAACCGAAGAAGAGCUACACGCCCUGAACACCCAAGUGACGUUGGAAAUUGGAAUUGUUCCUGCGGUCAUUGAUGGAGAAUUCAUUCUGAAGGACCCAGAGGAGCUACUGGCUAAAAUGGAGCUCAACCCAGUUCCAUAUCUAAAUGGUGUGAAUAACCACGAGUAUGGAUGGGCGAUUUCUCAAGCACUGAAUUUCUCAAACAUCACGGAAGGCAUGGACAGAGAGACCAUAACUGCAGCCUUCCAACAGACCACUUCCGGCAUGGGAAUCCCGCUGGAGUCUGUGCAGAUGAUCCUGGAUGAGUAUCUGGGAGACACGGAAGAUCCUACAAAGCUGCGAGAGCGCUUUCAGGACUUGAUGGGAGAUAUCAUGUUUGUCAUCCCUGCUCUUCAGACUGCCCGGUAUCACAGAGAUGCUGGCGCUCCCGUCUACUUUUAUGAAUACCAGCACCGACCCACAGUCUUCAAAGACUUAAGACCAGAUUUUGUAAAAGCAGAUCAUGGGGAUGAGCUGGGCUUUGUUUUUGGAACACCGUUCUUAGGAAAUGACACAAUCAGUUUUGGUGAAUUUACAGAGAAGGAGAAGGAGCUCAGCAGGACAAUCAUGAAAUACUGGGGCAACUUUGCCUACAAUGGAAACCCAAAUGGCAAAGGAUUGGUGGAAUGGCCGCGCUAUGAUAUGAAUGAAGAGUAUUUGGAAUUAAACUUGGUGCAAAAGAAAGCCAGAAAACUGAAAAACAACAAGGUUGAUUUCUGGUUAAAAACCUUGCCUGAAAAAAUGAAAAAAAUUAUCAAAGAACCGCAAAUACACGUGGACCUGUAACUGCCAAAUAACAGUUUCCUGGUUGUUUGCCUUGCAGCACAUUCCUAGAGGGUAUGCUUUCUGUGUGGAAAACUGAUUUGUCACAAAAGAAGGCUUAAUUUCUGUCACUCUUGGUAAAGUUGAAACGUCCGGUGAAUCAGAAAGGAAAAAUGAUCAGCGGGGUGGAUGGUGGGGAGGUUGCAGCCUUGGGAUUGCCUAUCAGUGAAUGCUGCACAGGAGUAUUAUUAGGAAAGGAAAGCAAGCUUGCAGAACCUCCAUGAUUAAUUCAGUGCAUGCACUUACAGAAACGAUUCAAAUAAAAGGCACUUUUGUCCAAGAGGC